CGCAAUAGUUUAAUGAUUCUGUGUCACGAUUGGAUGUUGCCAUAGUAACCAGAGUAAGCUUUUACCCGCCAUUUUAUCCGGCUUCAGACAUAUUAAGGUUAAGCAAAUUUAUUCAUAAAACGAAAAUGAUGAAAAUAUUAUCAUUGCAUGAAUUCGAUGUUCCUUCCUCCGAUGAAUUGGCUACUGUUGCACUUAUAGAAGAUGUUUUACAUUAUUGUGAAUAUGAAAACCUAACAGAUGAAUUGCAACCCUUUUUUAAAUAUGUGCGAGAAUAUCCCGAGAUUUCUAUUACUCCUGAUAUUCUUGCCACACGUGAAACGGCACAUACUAUUUGUGCUGAUGAUUUAUUUUUGCCAGUUCAUGAUAGCAUUUUUAAAAAACUUGCUAGCAUAUGCAGAGAAAAAGGAUUUAUUGAAGCUGUCUGUUUGGCUGCAUCUGCAGAACCACAGGAAGUGACACCAAUUUUGCAUUGGAUAGCUACGAGACUUAAAUGGAUGUUAGAUAUAAUGGAUAAAGGAAUAUAUCAAAAAGAAAUUUUGCCAACUUGUGGAUCUGGAUCAAUUGCUGAUAUUGUUCAUACAAGGGAUUGGGAAACAUCUCUUAUUAGAUGUCUCUCUUGGCAUCCACAUUGUACACGACUGGCAGUAGUCACAAGAGAUGACCGUAUACGUAUUUUUUCUCAAGGAAUAUCAAUGGUACCAAUUUUAAAACAUAGUGCUCAAAAAUCUGUUUGCUGUAUAAGUUGGAGGCCACUUGCUGGCAAAGAAUUGGCCGUGGCAUGUCAUGUAGGAGUCUUGGUUUGGACAAUAGAAUUAGGAGCAGCUAGUAAUUUUCUUAGUCAAGCAAUAUUAUUAAAACAAAGAAAUCAUGCCCCUGUAACAAGUGUUGCAUGGCAUCCACAGGGUGAUCUAUUAGUAUCUUGUUCUCCUGUGGAUACGCGUAUGUUUAUCUGGGAUACUUCUAAAAAAGAAGGUGUUCCGUUGAAACGAAUUGGUGGCGACGGAUUAUGUUUUGUACAUUGGUCAUCUUGUGGUUUUAGAUUAUUUUCUGCUACAUGUAAAAAUAUAUUUAGAGUAUGGAAUACGGGAGCAGCAACAUCGUGGCAUGCAGAUAAAUGGACAGUGCCUAAUGAUCGUGUAGCAGUUGCAUGUUUUGGUCCAAAUUUAACUUUAUUAUUUGCGUCAAAUGAAGAUCCUGGUACGAUAUUUUCUCUACCUCUGCAAGAAAAUAUUUUUGACGUCAAAAAGCCUUCUUUUGACGAUGCAAAAAUGGCAGUACCUCUGAUAGAUUUAACGAAAGUUAAUUUUUCACUGGAUGAUGAUUGUGUUACUGUUGGCGGGAGGAUAACUGCAAUGGAAUGGGAUCCUACAGGAAAAUAUCUUGCUAUUCUUUUCCAGGAUAGUCCAUAUAUUGCAUUAGUUAAAACAAAAUUAGGACAUCUAUCGCGUCUAAUUGAGAUUAAACCAAGUUGUCUUAUUAAAGGAUAUCCGGGAGAAGUUCCAAAUUGUAUGAACUUCUAUCAGAAAUAUAAAAAUGAAUCGGACAAUAUAGUUUGUUUAACAAUUGCAUGGAAUAGUGGUCGUAUUCAACAUUUUCCAAUAAUUGAGAAGGAAAGUGUUCGUACUGUAAAUAUAUGUACUACACCCUUAUCACAUUCAUUUUCGAUGAGACACGACAUGUACAAUUUCAAUUUAACCGUUACUUAUUGAUAACGUUUCUUGUUAAACAAAAAACUAUAAAAAUUUUAAUUAUUUAAUUAUUAAUUUUUUUCAAAUUUUUUAUUUGUUAAUAGGAUUCAAUAUAAACGUUUAAUUUAUUUUAUUACAUCAUUAUAAAAAAAUAAGAAAUCGUUCAUUUAUAUAUGAUAUGACGUUCUUAACUGCCACAUAACAUUUCGACAGAAAUUAUAUAAUACUUCAUAAUCGAUUCGUCAGCAUUUCAUCUAGAAGAAAAAACAUCAGAGACCUGUGUUAAACUCUAAUGUGUUAGCUUCCUAACGUAUGGGAUAUACAACACGAAGAUUCUCGGGUUCGGUACCUAAUUAUACAAAGUCACAUGCAGAGCGCACGUCUUUCUAUUUUUAUAUCGCUUGACCGAAUGCUGAACAUCGACACGUAUGUACGUAUGUGAUGGGUCCCGCACUAUUUCCAAUACGCUUUCCAUCCACUUUUACCACUACCAAUUCCAAACACAAAUUAACCGUUCCAUCGUUUUAGAAAUCCUGUCGUUCUAAAUAUACAUUUUUUAAAUCCAGUUUAUCAACUUGGUCUGUCACUUUAUUCAUGAUUUAUGAAAUAUUAUAUGAUAUAUUGAAAAAAUAUACUUAAAAUUUUUAAUAUAAUUGUUGCAUUUCAUUUAAAAUUGAUCAGACAGUCAAGA